GGUUCGAAAGAUUUUGGCACUUUAGAGCUUGUAAGCGGUUCAAUGUGUCACACCGAUCACCUGGAAAAUUCUGAUCAGAAAGAAAACACAACAUUAACCAAAAGCAGAAUAGCAAGAUGUACAAACUUCAGAGCAGCAUUCUUUGAUAAACCAGUAUGAAAAGACAGGUUAACCUGGGCUGUCAAAAAGUUUUUAAGUAGCUGGCUGAUAAUGAAAAGUAGGCGGCUUUAGAACUCGCACCAAAGGCACAAGUUCUUGAGGGUCGAGGCAACUAGGGACAUUUUGAAAUUUUGAGUCACAGAAAUGGCAUUUCCAGGGGUUUUCAAGAGGCAUUUUCCACCUUGGAUGCCAUGUUGUUUCGUCAGAAUACACACAAGACUGGGAACAAUGCCGUCAAAAUGUCCCAGGUGUUCCAAGACAUCGUAUGGUUCACACAUUUCACAGAUCUAAACCUUUGAAUGUGUAUUCAAUGUCAUUCAAAACUGGGAAACAGAUGCUUUACAAUUUUAUUUGAUGGUGGAGAUGAAGGAUAGCUAACUAGCCAGCGAUUUUGGCCAGCUACUGGCCCUUAUUGACAACCCUGCUUAACCUUGCCAUUGUCACUGUUGCUAGGCACAACAGAAGAUUCAGAUCAAUUAUUAGAAAGUGUUGAGGAAAUGUAUUUCAAAACGAGAGAUCGAGGAAGAAGAUAAAGAGGAUGAUUAUUCAGACUGUAACAGCAGUUCUGAUGACAAAGGCAAUGACGCUGAUCAAGAUGAAGCUAUUGAGAACAUGGAAAUAUACAAAACGGAAUGUUCCAAAUCGAGGGAAAAUCAACUUUGGUUUGAGUUAGCGCAGGUUCAAGUCAUUGGGAGUCACCUGUAUUUCGCUGAAGUAUAG